AUGAGUUUCUUGGGGCGUUUCAAUUACAUCAGCCAUUUCAUAGAACAAUCAACUGUGAUUUUUGAACCGAUUUUCAAAAUAUUAAAGAAAGAGGUUGCGACAAGUUGGACUGAAGAAUGCCAGAAAGCCUUUGACAAAAUCAAGAAAUAUUUGCCCACACCGCCUGCUCUGGUCCUACCAGAACCUGGGAGACCUUUGCUAGUCUAUUUAUCUGUACUGGAUGGGGCUUUCGGUAGUGUCUUGGGACAACACGACAAGAAGCGAAGAAAUAAACAAGCCAUAUACUAUCUGAGUAAGAAGUUCAAACCCUACGAGGCACG